AUGGAUAGUAUUGCGGGUCCUUCACGUACAAGAAAAAGGAAGUUUGUAAUGAAUUAUGCUGAAAACGACAGUGAUUUGGAAAGAGAAUUAUUCGCCGAAAGUGACAGUGACGAAAUUUAUUAUCCUGACUAUGAUGAAGAGGAGUUAUCGUCGGAGGAUGAUUGUCAGCCGCCUACGUCAUAUUCUGUAACUGAUAUCAGUUUACGUAGCCCUGUACAAAAACUGCCACGGUCCUCACCCUCGCAAUCGCCACCUCAUCAUCACGAUGAUGAUCAGAAACCUGAUAAACCCUCUGCUGAAGAGUCUACUUCUGACUGGACUUCUGAAGGUGAUAUGAGACAAUUUAAUUUUACAAAAACUAAUCGGUUUCUUGGAGAAAUCAAUGGAACAGAGCCAACUGAUUUUUUUGACUUUUUUUCGACCAACAGUUUCUUACUAUGA